AAUACUUGCAAGGGGAACAGAGGAACUGAUUAGCCGAGCAUCAAUUGAUCACCCAGGGCUAUUAAAACUCAGAGACCUUGCCCAGCCCAGAUUCUUCCCCUUGGUAUCUUCCUUUUGAAUUUGAAAGUCCUGCACCAAAUAUUAAGUAUUUGCACCGCCAGGAUGAAGUUGUCUCUGGUGACUUCGUUGCUUAUGAGCACAUGCCUUGCGGUGCCUAUUCAUGAAAGAAACCAGCAGGCUUUGAAACCAUUUGACAAAAACUCCCCAUAUACUAGAAAGCAUCAUGAUCCCUAUGACCAUAAGGUUGACUCGGUGGGACAGGAUCUCGAGCCUCUACCGUGGCGAAAUGGUGAUGGUGCUACCAUGCUGGGUCCUCGCAAUCGAGAGCGUGAGAAGCAAAAUCCAGAUAUGGUUCGACCUCCUAGCACGGAUUCUGGUAAUCUUCCCAACAUGCGUUGGAGCUUUGCCGACUCUCACAUCAGAAUCGAGGAAGGCGGCUGGACCCGCCAAACCACGGUUCGAGAGCUGGGGACCAGCAGGGAGCUCGCUGGAGUUAAUAUGAGGCUUGACCACGGCGUCAUCCGAGAACUCCAUUGGCACAAGCAAGCUGAAUGGGCCUAUGUCCUAGAGGGAGAGGUCCGCAUCACGGCGCUUGAUACCGAAGGUGGCAGUUUCAUCGAUGAUCUCAAGAAGGGCGACCUUUGGUACUUCCCACCCGGUCACCCUCAUUCUCUCACGGGUCUGGCUCCCAACGGUACCGAGUUCUUACUAGUCUUUGAUGAUGGCAACUUCGACGAAGAGUCUACUUUUUUGCUGAGCGACUGGCUUGCUCACACGCCCAAGUCCGUCCUUGGUGAGAACUUCAACCUCGACCCAGAGGUAUUUGACGCCCUAGACCCAGCGGACAAGUAUAUUUUCCAAGGCAGCCUACCCGGGUCUAUUGACGAGGAGAAGCCCCGCGGCAGAGGGGUGAAGAAGUCCAAGCUUCAAUUCACCCACAAGAUGCUGGACCAGGAACCUCUCAACACCACAGGAGGCCAAGUCCGCAUCACGGAUUCGACCAACUUUCCCAUCUCCAAGACCGUAGCCGCCGCACACCUCAACAUCCAACCCGGUGCCAUCCGUGAAAUGCACUGGCAUCCCAACGCCGACGAGUGGUCCUACUUCAUCAGUGGCCGAGCACGCGUUACCAUCUUCGCCGCUACGGGCAUCGCACGCACCUUUGAUUUUCAGGCCGGAGACGUCGGCAUCGUACCCAAAAAUAUGGGCCAUUUUAUCGAAAACUUGAGCGAUGACGAACCCGUUGAGGUGCUCGAGAUCUUCAAGGCCGACCAAUUCCAGGAUUUCUCCCUGUUCCAGUGGCUCGGAGAAACUCCCAAGCAGAUGGUUGUGGACCAUCUCUUCUCACAGGAUAAGAAGGCUGCUUCACAGUUCUUGCGCGAGAUUGAGAGCGCCGAGAAGGAUCCCAUCAAGGCUGUCUUGACCGAUGACGAGCUGGACAACAUUCACUUCGAAAUGUAAUUGGUGGGAACAUGUAAUAGUGAUAGUUGAUCUUUACCUUCAUUCCUCGACACUCGAGGUCUUACUUCAUUUCUAACAUGAAGACCAAAAAUAUCCGUCCGGUUGUCUUGUAUAGGACCAGAAGCUGGACUUGUCCACAUACUGUUGUUAGUUCGAAAGCCUUAAUCAAGUCUUGUCUCCAG